AUGUCUGAUCUCAAAGACGGAAACACUCAGAAACACGUUCCGAACUGGAAGAAAUUUCUCACUUUGAAAAGUACAAGUUCGACGGAGGCAGUCGGGAAGAACAGUAGGGCAGGAGAGAAUGAUUUAAAACUAAAAAGAGGUCCUAUAGAUGAUGUAAGCUUGAUAGACUCAAAGAUUCAGGAACAAAAUAAUUUUGACAUCGAAGAAAAAGGUACCGGAACCUCUAGAAGGAAGAAGAAAUUGAAACCGUCAAAAGAAAAGAAUAAUGAAUCAACAGAAAACACGUCGGAGAAUUUGGAAUUAUUGGUAGCGCAGUCCGAAAUAAGCAUUCCUAAUGAAUUGCCAACGGCUGCUAAAAUAGCGGAUCUAGCGGGUCAAGCACGUGAAUCUACAUCAAGGGAAGCCCAGGCCAUCGUCAACAAAUCAGAAUUGGAAUCCGCAGACGGAGACAAAGGUGAAGAGAAAAGCGCCGAGACAUUAGAAUCCACGACGAAGUUUGCUAGGGCCCUGGAAAUACUAAGAAUACUAUCUUGA